UCCUUCGGGAAAGGCGGGGACAGAAAGUUCUGUGCUAGCCAAGGAAUGGGCUCCAGCGACCUCUGCUUGUCAGGGACAGGGCAGCGGUGUAUCCAGCCUUCGAGAAGCUGGAAUUUUCCCUUGGAAAGCGGAGGGCUAGCCAAGGAACUUUGGUCUGUGCUGCAGUGGUCGUUUGCCAGCGAGGUCAACCCCAGUGAACUCCCAGUCUUGCAUCCAGAUCGUGUUAGAGACGUUGCUGAGACCCUGGCCACAGCCAGAGAAAUGGCAGCCACACUGGAUUUGAAAUCAAAGGAAGAGAAGGAUGCUGAGCUGGACAAGAGGAUCGAGGCUCUCCGGAGGAAGAAUGAGGCCCUCAUCCGGCGCUACCAGGAGAUUGAGGAGGACCGUAAAAAAGCCGAACUGGAAGGGGUAGCGGUGACAGCGCCCCGGAAGGGCCGCAUGGUGGAGAAGGAGAACAUGGUGGUCGAGGAAAAGAGCCUAGGACCUUCCAGGAGGUCUUCCGGGACACCUCGACCCCCAGGGGCCAGCAGAGGGGGUCGGACUGCCCCACAGCAGGGGGGCCGGGCAGGUGUGGGCCGGGCAUCUCGAAGCUGGGAGGACAGACCUGGGGAGCAGCCUCGAGGAGGAGCUGGAGGAGGAGCUGGGGGCCGGGGCCGAAGGGGCCGGGGCCGAGGGUCCCCUCGUCUCUCAGGAGCCAGUGACAGCACGGCCUCCGACCGCAAAUCCAAGGUAGGAGCAAAGUGGGCGGAGCGGCGCAGACAGAACAUUGAGAAGAUGAACGAGGAGAUGGAGAAGAUUGCAGAGUACGAGCGCAGCCAGCGGGAGGGGGUGCUGGAGCCUAACCCUGUGCGCAACUUCCUGGAUGACCCCCGGCGACGCGGCGGAGCCCUGGAGGAACCUGAGCGAGACCGCCGCCGGGAGGGCAGCCGCCGGCACGGCCGCAACUGGGGAGGCCCCGACUUCGAGCGGGUGCGCUGUGGCCUGGAGCAUGAGCGGCAGGGUCGCCGUGCCAGUCCGGGUAGUGCUGGUGACAUGACGAUGUCCAUGACGGGCCGGGAGCGUUCAGAAUACCUGCGCUGGAAGCAGGAGAGGGAGAAGAUCGACCAGGAGUGGCUGCAGCGACACCGAAAGCCCACUGGCCAGUGGCGAAGAGAGUGGGAUGCAGAGAAAACCGAGGGCAUGUUCAGGGAUGGACCAGCCCCUGUCCAGGAACCAUCGCAUCACUAUGGUGAUGACAGGGGCUGGGUCCGGCCCCCCAAACCUCCCACUUUUGGGGAAUUCCUGUCAAAGCACAAAGCUGAGGUCAGCAGCCGUCGGCGAAGAAAGAGCAGCCAACCCCAGCCCAAGGCAGCCCCCCGGUCCUACAGUGACCAUGAUGACCGUUGGGAGACAAAAGAGGAGGUAGUGUCCCCAACCCCUGAGGCCCCACAGCUGGAGGAGACCCCUGUGCAGCCUUCAGAGACUGCGGCCACUGCCCAUCGGCCUCCUGAGGACGAGGGGGAAGAAGAUGAGGAAUGGGAGGACGUGAGUGAGGAUGUGACUGAGGACGAGGAGGAAGAGGACGUGGAGGAGGAGGAGGUGGAGGGGGACAGCGAAGAGGAACAAGGAGCACCAGAACAGGAGGAAGAGCUAGCCCAGGAGCACCAAGGCGGAGAGGCUGAGUGCACUGGGAGCCCUCUUAGUGAGCCGGCCCCCGAGACGCCUUCCAGCCCCUUCUCACCACCUGGCGGCCAUCAGCCCGUGUCUGACUGGGGUGAGGAGAUGGAGCUGAACUCUCCCAGGACAGCCGAACCGGCUGGCGCCCCCUCUCCGGGGGUUGGGAGCUACUUGGAGGAGCAGGAGCUUGACUGGGCCUCCCGUUCUCCAGGAGGUGACCAGCCAGGCCCUGCCUCCCUGGAGAGUAGGCCAGGCCUUCCAGGAACCCAGAAAGCAGAAGAGGAGGGGUCUGAGGCAACUGCAGAGGCGGGUCCGCAGGGCCAGGAGACGGCGGAGAUCACCGACUUCCAGAGGGAUUCCCCGAGCUCCUGAAGACGCUGCUGGGAGGGGACUGAAGCUUCCCCGCCUUGAUGGGGAGGGGGCAGCAGAAGGGGAAUUUUCUGGGUCUCCAGGCAGUGUUCUCUCCUCUCAGGAGCCCAUUGGAACUUGGCUCGAGGGGGAGGAGACAUAGGUAGUGGAGUUGCUAGAGGAGUGUGGCCAAGGUGAAGGGUAGGCUGGGCCCUCAGUGUGAGGUUGGACUGACUUCAGGACACCUGAGCCUCAGCUUAACGGUAGAAGGGAAGCAGCAGGUGCCUCAGGGGGCAGGGGCAGGAUGUCCUCGAGGUACACGAAUUUAGGUGGGCGGGCUUGGGAGGGGGGGCGUGCCUAGGCUAGAUGGGGCACCCUGCGCUGCUGUUGGGCAAGAUCACCGUUGGGGGUGUGAUGAGAAGGCGGUGCUGGAGUUGAAGGGCUAGAGGAAAGGCUAGAAGGGAAGCAGGACCAGGUUCGGAGGCUGGGGCUCAGUCCGAUUUAACCGGGGAUUGAACUCAGGCCCUUGCGCUUGCCCAGGAAUCGCUUAUUCUACUGAGCCCUCUCCCCGGCCCUUUGACAGUCCGAUUUGUAGAAAGGGGAGUUAGGGCUGAGGCUAAGUGCAUCUAAAGCACGAGGGAAGGUUGAACCUGGAAAGGGGGUGGGGAGGAGGCCGGGCUAGCUAUUUGGAUGAAGUCCAAGGCCGGAAAUUUGGCCCGCUUUAGAUAAGAAAAACUGGUGGGCGGAGCUAAGUUCAGGGGCGGUGUGGGAGGGGCAGGGUUGGGCCUUUGACAGCAGUUGGCUAGAGGCUAGGAGGGGGUGUGGCCAGGUGCGGAGGCAGACGCCCGGCGGGGA